AUGCACUCGGGGAGCCCGGCCUGGCCGUGGGAGAGGAGGCUCCGAGCGCCCUCCCUGCCUCCAGACACAGGCGAACUUGCGCUGCAACUUGAGAGGAAAGGGCGCGCUCUCGGGACCCGGGGGCCGGGGUCCGUGGCGCGAGGCACCGCCCCUCCGCAGCAAGCGCCGCCCCCGGAGGCUCGGGGCGCGUCAGCCCUCCUCCCGGGAGACCGGGGCGCGGCAGGUGAGUCGGCGGAAGCGCCCGCGCGAGGCGGACUCGGCGGAGGCCGGAGCCCCCGGCGCCUCCAUCUUGGAGCGCGCUGCCGCCUUUGUUGGCGCGGGCCGCGGGCGGCCGCGCAGCUCCACCCGGGGAACUGUGAGCAGGUGACGACGCUGGGUGUAGGAGGCAAGGACCGGACGGGACAGCACCGGGCAGAGUGUGAGGGGCCCGGGUCCUUGCCCGGGCUCUGCCGGGGUAGAAGAGCCCGGGCGAGCAGUGUGAGCUCGGGUCUCUUUCUUCAGCGGCCAAGUGGCGACCGAUCUGCACUGCGUGGUCUGCACUCCGCAUCCAGGCCAUUGACACCAGGACGCGCAGACCUACCUGGCGCCUACCUGGCUGAGCCUUGCUAGCUGCCCCGUGAAUACCUCCCAGCCUGCAGUGUCCUGGAUGCCUGUAGUUACAGGAAUGAUUCCAUUUUUUUCCUCCCUGUUUAAACCGAGACUUAAGGAAGGCGCAUCCCUGGGGGAAUCCAUCUCGAGUGUACCUUGGCUGUGGUGGCCACGGGAAUCCACACAGACUGAUGACAUUGCACAGAACUAAACAGACGCAAUCACAUAUGGGGAGUGCGUGUAAACGGGGAAGCUGAAUAAACUCGGCACAUUGUAUCAUUGUAUCAGUGUUAAUGCAUUGCUGUGUAAUGUUGUCAGAUGUUACCACUGGGAGAGGCAGGGGGCGAAGGAUGCCCCUGUUUUAUUUGUUACAUCUACAUGUGAAUCUGUGAUCAUCUCCAGAUAAAAAGUUUCCUUUACAAAGUGGAUGCCCGU